AUGAUCACUGCCAUCUGGCAACAUCUUCUAGACUAUAGAGCUUUUAUUGCCCCCCUAGAUCCGGUCCAGAAAAACCACAAGUUUCUCGAGUUCGCUACCCACAGCAGCUCCUGGACGAUCAUGGCCCUGGACCGGCAUCGUCCUGCCCCGCGCUUGACGGGGAAGGACCCGACCUAUAUGUCUCCAGAUCGCCGGUAUUUCGAACGCCACGAGCUUGAGGGCGAUUGGCCGUUUGCUGCAAAACAGGCGUUUCAUUUGAUCCAUGCGCAGUCGCUAGGCGGGGUGAUUGCCGACUAUGACAGGUUCUACACUAAUGCGUCCCGGCAUCUUCUCCCGGGCGGGUGGUUGGAAGCUUGGGAGAACGACUUGCGCUUCUUUACCGACAACGCACAGGAUGAAACCUGGCUGGUGGCACUGAGGGAGUGA